AACUAUCUUUUCCUGUACCAUCGUCAGCAGCGUAGAAACCUUCGAUAAAUACUUGUUAACAAAAAUUCAAUAUUUAUUUACCGUUUUAAUAAAAAUAUUUACAUAGGUACCUAAUCAAAAUUCAAAGUCUACUAAAAUACGAAAAUACUAAAAUUACAUCCAACAUUUUAUCCAUGCAUCAAAGUAAUAACUCUAACAUGGUCAGAGUAAUAGUCUACAUUGGAUUUGUCGUCUACGUGAUGGCCUUGGCCACAACAUGUUACUGUCAUCCCGUAACGUCUUCUGAGGUUGAAAGCAUAGCUCGACCAACACGGCCUAAAACUUUUGGUUCACCAGAUGAAUUACGUUCAUACCUAGACCAGUUAGGACAGUACUUGGCGGUAGUUUCUCGUCCGAGGUUUGGAAAAAGGAAACCUACGUUUCCUGUCAUCCCGUCUGCCAUCACAACACCGAGAUUACAACAGUACAUCGACCAUCAACGCAUGCUUAACAAUAUUAUAAACCGAGAAGACGACGAGACUUAUAAAUUACAAUACAAACCGGCUGCUAUAAGAAAUUCAAAAGACUUGUAUGACAUGUUGUUUACGACACGUCGCGAAAACGGCAAUAAUAACCGCCAUCAAUACUAUUUAAUGCAACAAGAUGUAACGAAUGCAGACAUUGGUUUAGAUUCAAAUUAAUUAUCUUUAAAAUGUAUUUGUAGUAUAAGAUGUAAUGUAUUUGUAUUUCUUACAAACUUUAGUCAUGUACAGACAGUAUUGUACUAGUUAUUUAUAAUAUAAUAACAUUAAAAUUUUAAUUC